GACGCUCGGACGUGAACCACGUUGGAGCUCGGUUUCCUCACCAAACAAACAUUGCUAAUUAUCCUAAAAUACAAAUUGAUAAGAACUGAUACAGUGAUAGAAACGUGUUGUGUGUUAAGACUGUUAUACGAAUCGUCUGAAGCAGCGCUUUCGUAGACCUGUAACUGUCGGUUAUCUUCGCGUUUUGUAGUCAGAUUAUAUAAGAAAAACAUGAGGGACGAACGGGCUAAUGUACCGCGAGUCCGGAUUGCCGUCAUCGGGAGUUCCAGAGUAGGAAAAUCAGCUCUCAUUGUUAGAUACCUGACUAGAAGAUACAUAGGCGAAUACCAUUCAAAUACAGAUCUCCUGUACAGGCAGACAGUGCCAAUAAAUGGAACCCCUGUCGAAUUAGAAGUGAUCGACGUCUCUGGAUCGAAUUCAGACAAAUUCCCCACUGAACAGAUACAAUGGGCAGACGCCUGCCUUCUCGUGUACGCUGUGACAGACAGGAGCAGCUUUGAAUACGCCACAGAAGUUUUGAAUGUUUUAAAACGCACUCCUAGCAACGGCAGCCCCGCACAUGGAACAACAGUAACAUCACCGAGCAUGCCCUUAGCACUGCUCGGGAACAAAACUGACCUAGACCAUUUGAGACAGGUAUCAACAAAAGAAGGUCAGAGUAUAAGCGCAGCGCAUGGUGCGUCUUUUAGCGAGGCAAGUGUCGCUGAUAAUUCUGGUGAUCUCUACCGCUGCGUUGACCGACUAUUGGCCGAAGUUCGCACGCCGCAACGCACGCGAAAAUUCUCUGUUACCAAAAUGCUUGGCUCGUUAAUAGGUGGAGCAACAAAUAACAGUCCCACGAACCGUAGCGGGUCAGUUGUAGCGUGCCCGCGGGUGCCGGCGACGUCGCGCGCCCCCUUAGCGGCCGCCGCGCCCUGACCGACGCAUCCCGUGCGCUGAUGUCUGCCUGGCGUUGUGUGGUUAGCUUGCCUGCCCGUACCUACCAGAUUCACAACGCCACCGCUAUCGGCGACCAUGUAAACCUGACUCUAGUGACAAGGGCAUUGAUGCCUGGAACAACCUUGUGUCUUACAUAAGUGCUUGCAGACUGUACCAGUGAACCUAUGUUAGUGUGACACUUGAAAAUGAAUUUACUGCAUGGCGGCUUCAUAUAUUAAAGCUGACCUUUUUAAAUGUGGAAAAAUAUCUGCUAGUCAUUUCGGAAAUGUCUACUUAUCGCUCGGUAAUGUUCUAAGCAAGAGUUUUAGUGAUUAUGUUAUUUGGAAUUAGUUAUUAAGUGUGUGAAUGUACUUUUGCAGAGACCUCAGUAUUACACAGUAUUUUAAACUAAUGAGGAACGGUUUAUCGUCUAUUUUAUCACUGCAGAUAUAUAUACUUUUGGGUACAAUAAAGAUUUCUAAAUAAAAAAUAAAUUUUAAAACUUCCUCUUGUGAACACAACUGUCACUUAAUUUCAUCCAUUUUCGAUUUUUGUAUUUUUAUAUGUGUACACUUUUACUGAUUUAGUUUGCGAAUUGUGUGACUGUACCAAGGAUUAGUAGUUUUUUAAUGUAACAAAAAUCUCUACUCAAUUUGAUACUCAACUAGAUAAGCUGGUAUUCCUAUUUAAAUUGAUGUGUUAAUUAUAAUAGUAGAUAUUAGUAGUAAUGCAAAAAAUGUGAUCAUUUAAAAGUAUAAAUUUGUUAAGAAAAUUCAACGUUUAAUAAUCAAAUUUUACUGGAAAAUAACGCAUGUAAAAAUGACGCAUGCACAUAACCAAUUACAAUAAUAUAAAAAAAAUUAAAACAAAAAUUAAAAUUACAAAUUUAAUUUAUUUUGAUGCCAAAUAUUUUAGAUAUACAAACUUCGAUUUUUUCACUAUGAUGUUGUAGUUUUUGCAUGAGAUUUUUCAAAUCGUGCUAGACUAUAUGACUAGCAACUAUCUAUCUGAUGGCCUAAAUACGUACUUUUCUACUUUUACACAGUAUUAUUAUUAUUCUAAGUGUUUACUGAAUAAAUAUGAUGUUUUUUGUAAUAUUUCAGUUUAGUACUUUGACCGAUAAAAUUUAAAUCUUCGAUUUUUUUUAAAUUGAGUAUUAAUUUUGACACUUGUGACUUUAUUGAUAAAUGUUAAUUCAACUAUGCAUAAUGUAAUUGUAUUCUAAUCCUACAAUGUUUAUAGAGAAAAAAUGUAAACAAAUUUUAUUAGUCAUUUUCUAGUCAUAGGAUAAGGGCUGUGAAAAGACAUUUGAUGUGUGCAGAUUAAUUAAAAUAUUUAGUUAGACCCCUGUAUAUUUUAAAAUAUGAGAUUUUAAAGAGAAUAUUCAAUAUAAAUUUCUAUUUUCUAUCUAAAAUAUCAAAAUUUACAAAUGAAAGAAAAAUAUUUAAUGUAAUAAUAUUUGAAUUGCCAUAUAAAACAAAGUACCUUGUAUGUUUAUAAGAAUUGAAAAGCUGUAAAUAUGAAAGCGUGGAGAUGUGACUAUAACGAAGUCGGAACUGAUCGGAAUAAGAAUGUAAAUAUUUAUUAUUUAGCUUUAAAAUUUAUUAUUAAAUGUUACCAAUACCUA